AGAUUGUUGCUAUGGCCUGCAUUAACCUGGCAUCCAAAAUCGAAGAGGCACCUCGUCGGAUAAGGGACGUGAUCAACGUGUUUCACCACUUGCGUCAGUUAAGAGCAAAAAGGACUCCAAGCCCAUUGAUACUUGAUCAGAACUACAUAAACACCAAAAAUCAAGUAAUCAAAGCAGAAAGGAGGGUACUGAAGGAGUUGGGAUUUUGUGUUCAUGUCAAGCAUCCGCAUAAGAUCAUCGUUAUGUAUUUACAAGUCUUAGAAUGUGAACGUAACCAAACCCUGGUACAGACAGCCUGGAAUUACAUGAAUGACAGCCUUCGAACAAACGUGUUUGUUCGCUUUCAGCCAGAGACUAUAGCGUGUGCGUGCAUUUAUCUUGCUGCUAGAGCUCUGCAGAUUCCGUUGCCUACCCGACCUCACUGGUUCUUGCUCUUCGGCACCACGGAAGAGGAGAUCCAGGAGAUUUGCCUGACGACUCUGAAGCUCUACACCAGAAAGAAGCCAAAUUAUGAAUUCCUGGAAAAAGAAGUAGAAAAGAGGAAAAUGGCACUACAGGAAGCUAAACUGAAGGCAAAAGGUUUAAACCCAGAUGGAACUCCAGCACUCUCAACACUGGGUGGCUUUUCUCCUGCAUCCAAACCAUCUUCCCCGAGGGAAGUAAAAACAGAAGAAAAGUCUCCAGUAUCUCUCAAUACCAAAGCCAUUAAAAAAGAGCCAGAAGAGAGGCAGCAAGCUUCCAAGAGCCCUUACAAUGGCAUGAGAAAAGAAAGCAAGAGAAGCAGAAGCAGCAGAAGUGCUAGUCGGUCCAGAUCAAGAACAAAGUCGAGGUCUCGAUCUCACACUCCGAGGCGGCACUACAACAACCGGCGGAGCCUGUCUGGGACGUACAGCUCGCGCUCGAGAAAAAAAGCCCGGCCCCCCAGCCACAGCGGCAGCCCACGACGCCACCACAACCAUGGCUCCCCGCACCUGAAGGCCAAGCACGGCAGAGAAGAGCUGAAGAGCGGCGCCAACAGGCACGGGCACAAAAGGAAAAAAUCCCGGUCGC